GCUGAUAUUUUUAACUCAAAUUUUAACAUAAUUUAACAUUUCAAUAGAUUUGUUACUACAUAAAUACCUAUUCGACAUAUGUUUUAAUAGCUUAGACAAAAUGUUGAGUUUAAUAACUUACUUGUUUUUCUUCAGUUCUUUUGUGUUCUCUGGUUCACAAGCGGAAACAUGUUCUGCAACAAAUCCAAAAAAUAAUUAUUAUUUAGGAGACACACAGGUAACUUGGGCUAACGCUAUUGUAUCAUGCCAAGCCGUUGGAAUGUCAUUAGUAAGCAUCCAGAAUCAACCUAAGCAAGAUGAAGUCACUAAGUUUUUGCAAUCUACAAGAAUAAAUUACACGGGAAUAGAAAACGCCAUAUGGACUGCAGGAAAUAGACUUCAGGACGAAGUUCAUUGGCGCUGGUUACGUCAAGAACCGGUUGUAUACACUAAUUGGCUUAAUGGUGAACCAAACAAUGCUACUGGUGAUGAGAAGUGCCUAAGCGUAGUUUUUUAUGGAAAUACUGGUUGGAACGAUAUUGCUUGCAACCGCACAUACCAUCCUUUAUGUGAGAAACAGAUUUGUUGUUCUAGUUGCAAAUCUUGUUCUUAA